AUGCCCUCCCCCAUCUUUACCAUUCGCUCCUUCGUCCUCUCCGCUGCCCCCUUCUUCUCCUCAUGCCCUGCGCCUUUCCGAGAGCCCAUUCCCAACCUCGCUCGCGCCGCGUCCGACGCCGACCUGCCCCUCUCUGAGCCGAAAAUGACUGACCCGACCAACCUUCGUGCGGCCUUGUCUGGCUUGAGAGAGCCCGGCGGACAAACCAGAUCUAUCAUCCCACAGUUCUCGUCCUCACAGAGAGCUCCAGCCAACAUGGACAACACGUCCGCCUCAGCUGCCGGUUCUGGCGCUGAACCAUUCUACACAACAUAUGAUCCUCAGCCUCCUCAGGCCCCCAAGCCGGCUACAGACAAGGGUAGUGGCAAGGGACGUGGCAAGGGACGUGGCAAGGGACAAGGGGAACAGCCUGAUAAGCAAGACAAAGAAAAGGCCAAUCAGAACUAA